UUUGCUGAUGGUAGAUGUCAGGUUUCGGCGGAUAAUAAUCACAGUUGCUGCUCGUCAGACGCAUUGUUGGACAAUAUCAAAUUGUUUUCUUCAAAGGAGACGAAACUGUGUCAUUAGACCGCGUCACAGCGCAUGAAGAGUUUUGUUUUUUUUAAUCAUCAGUGUUUAGCUUAUCAGAGACAGAAAGCUAAUGCUAACGUCAACUGGCUAGCAGGCUAACAAAGCAGGCUUUUAUGAUGUUAGCUUGCGUGCCCAUUACUUAGCUGUUUUGGGAAAAUAAGUCAUAUUUACAACCACUGUUUGUUUUAUGAGUAACCUAACCUGCAACAUGGGUUAGCUAAAGCGGCUCUUUGGAAUCGGUGUGUAAAUAAAACGUCUUGUUUUGUCACAUUUGCUGUAAGGCUAGCUAACGUCAGUUUACAGAGCCAGCUUUGCUCGGUUCGUACACUUUUUGAGUCAGACAUCGUUACUCAUACCUGGCAAACACGUCAGUCAGGCAUCUGAUAGCAGCCAGUGAAGGUCUGAUGUUUUGGACUGUCCCUGUCACCCCCGGCAUCUCCACAAGAAAGCCAUGCUAUGAUGGUGCUACGGCGGUUACUGAGAAAGCGCUGGGUGCUGGGAGUAGUCUUCGGACUGUCUCUCAUCUACUUUCUCACCAGCACACUUAAACAGGAGGAAAGGACGAUACGGGACCGCACGCUCUUAGAGGUUAGAGAUUCAGACCAUCGCAUCCCCUGGAAGGUCCGUUUCAACCUGGGCAACAGCAGCCGACAGAUUACUCAGUGCAGAAAUUCAAUUCAGGGCAAAACACUGCUCACAGAUGAACUUGGUUAUGUCUGCGAGAGAAAAGACUUGCUGGUUAACGGCUGCUGUAAUGUCAAUGCUCCCAGCACCAGACAGUACAUCUGUAAAAGCUGCCUGGCCAACGGCUGCUGUAGCAUCUACGAGUAUUGCGUGUCAUGUUGUCUCCAGCCUGAUAAGCAACCUCUCCUCGAGCGCUUCCUGAAUCGUGCAGCUGAAGGUUUCCAGAAUCUCUUUACUGCUGUGGAGGAUCAUUUUGAGCUGUGUCUGGCCAAGUGUAGAACCUCUUCACAAAGUGUUCAACAUGAGAACACCUACCGAAACCCUCAAGCAAAGUACUGCUACGGAGAGAGUCCUCCAGAGCUCCUUCCUGUAUGAGCAUUUGAAUUUCGUCUUGGGUUUAGGACAUGCGGGAUCAGCAGUGGGCCAAUAAAGCGUCCUGGUUGGACACCUAAGGGUGCUUGGAGAAGAGACUCUCUACAAAUAAACUGUUGUCUUGGUUAAUUUUGCAUUAUAGUGGCAAAGGAAGGAAGAUAUCCAAGACCAACUGCAAAAAUGGACAAAUGCUGUAAUUUGAUUAUUUACACUUCAUAAGUGCAUAGAAUGCUUCAUACAUUCAUCCGUGAUGAUCAUCAGGUCUACAUAACAGGCAGCUCAUCCAUCAGGAUUCACUUCAAACCAGUUCAUGUCAUAAAAUAGGCUUCAUUUUAAAAGAAGAUAACAGCUGUUUGGUGUUUUGUUGACUAUUUUAAAACAGCAAAGAAUGUGACAUUACUUCUGUGUAUAGUGCAUGCAUAUGAAAUGGAUAUUUAAUAAAAGUGACUGUGAAAUGA